AUGCGUACAUUGCUAUGGGGACCUGAAGUAGAACGGGAGAGGGCGGCUGAAGCGAUUGAGCAACUCAACCAAAGAGCGAGAGAGAUAAACACUAAGUAUCGCCGGCAGUCAGCCAUGGGUCUGAUCGACUACGAGGAUUGGACUCAAGCCGGUGGUCAACUUGACCUUGCUAUUCGCGACCAUCAUCUAUAUCGUUCCGACGCGAGGUUCUAUGACGUGGAAGAUUUCAUCUGGGAACGGAUAGCAAACAAACAAUAUCCAGAAUCAUGGUCGGUCAAUUGGGAUGACUACCAAGCGCAGAUUGAGCAUCGAGAGAUGCGCUAUACACAGAAUACCCUCCUUUCUAAUUCUCCCCUAGAAAGAUCCCACGCUCCUGGUCGAGGAGCCAGCGGUGCGAACCGACGGCGUGGCCCAAGACUACGUACGCUUGGACACCGCGCUUUAUUACCACAAACUCCGAACAGACGAGAGCGCAAGGGGCUGCUUAAGCGCCCAUACUCCCAAACCCGUCUUGGCAUAAUUGUGCCCCCCGACGAAGUUCGGUUGAAUCCUGGAUUGGAUGAUCGGUACAGAUGGAGGAUAGAAAAGUCAGCAAAACACAAAACGCGAUACGAAGGGUACCUUAGCAAGUCCUUGAGCACGCAUUCAACAUCAACAUACGGACGACUUUGCGAAGGCGUCGGAGAGAGCUUUUUUGCUGUACACGCAGAUGAUGAUCGCGAUCCGGUCAUCGACCCUUCCUCGCAGGCAUCUUUGUCGAGUCUCGAGACAACCAGGGAAGAGGCGCGAUAUUGGAGAGACAUCGCAGAAAACGCCAGUGCGGAAAUUCUCCAGCUAAGGUCAGAAUUGGGAGACCUUAGGAAGAUGAACCGGGGGUUGUUCAAUUGCGCCAGAGCCUUCUUUACAAAGGCUCGCCUGUUUCAGGACCAUGCCCAGGUGUUGGAGGCCCACUUGCAUACGUAUAUGGGCGAAAUGUCUGUCCUCAUGGAAAACUUCAAAAAGGGAAUACAGUUUAGACCUCCAAUUCUCCUCCCCAGUCCCCCAAAGCAAAAGCCAGUAUGCACCGUGGCACAAUAG